AAGAUUUCUUUUGUUGUUUUAAGAUUGUUAUUAUAGUUAUGUAAAAUGAAUUCGCUAAUUCGUGCAAGUUUUUCAUUUGCCAAAAAUGCAGUUCUAUCAUCAUCUAUUCGGUCUAUUACUACAACAAGACAGUUAAAUCUAAAAGAGCUGCGGGAACAUACCGAGGGUUCAACAUUAGUUGUUGAAGGUGUAACUGUGCCGUCCCCCCGGACAAAUUUGCUUGUUCGAGCUGAAAAUUUAGCUGGUUUCGAACCAAAAGAAGGAGCGACAGAAAAACCUUGCUAUAUGUGCUCAUUAGGAUUAGAUGUGAAGCACACAGAUGUGCUUAUCCUCAGUCAGUUCGUGCGAUCUGAUGGCUGCAUGCUGCCGCGUCGUAUUACCGGACUUUGUAAGCGACAACAGAAAAAGAUUGGCAAACUAGUGACAAUGGCCCAAAAAGCAGGCCUCAUGAUCAAUCUCACUCCAGACAACUGCCAAAAGGAUCCAAAGAAGCGGAGAUUGUACAAAAAGUUCAACACAUACUUUGAUGAGAAAACAAUCUUCAUGUGGAGAAUUCCUAAACCCACUGAUAGAUUUAAACGAUAAUCUGUAGACAAAUUAUUAAUAAAAAUAAAAUAUUAGUUACACAUGUUAAAUAAAAGACCGGUAUUUUUAUUA